GAAGUGUAACGCAUUGGGUAGAGAAAAAACCAAAAAAUUUAGAAUAAAAAAACAACUUGCAACUGUAGCAUGAUAAAUAUACAAUUGGAAAUAUAUAAAAAAAAAAAAGUAUUAUUAAUUUGCUGAAAGAAAACAUUAGUAAUAAAAAUAGUAUUUAUUUACUAACGUUCAGUCGCACGACUGUCGUAUAAUCAUAGGUAAAACUUGAGUUACCGUCGAAAGCGAGUGUGUGUAUGUGUGUGUGUUUUUGUGUAUGUGUAUUGUAAGUACGUGCGUGCGCGUGUGUGUGUGCGUUUCGGUUAUUGUUUGGAGUAGGUAUUACAAUAUAGUCGGUGCACCGUCCGUUUGUCUCCACCAUCGACAUCACAAUUCUUGAGGUUAUCACCAACAGCCGACCGACGUAUCUUCAUCGGCGUACGAUUGCCCAUCGACUUGCAUAUAGUUCGCCACCAGGCUACUCGGAUCUUGCCAUAUCCACCAAAAGGACCACAGAAUUGGGAGUUAAAUAAAUUAGAUAAAUUAAUUUUAUAACCAUAUCUAUAAACCAAGUGUGUACUUGAAGUCUUCAGACUUUGAAAUUCUUCCAUAAUGGAAUGGAAGAACAAUGUUCCAGAAGGGAAAAUAAAUAAAACUUCAGGUUCAGGUUCUCAAAAUAGAAGACCUUCUGGUGGUGGGAAUAAAAAAGCAAACGAUACUGUUGAAUAUUUUGGUACUACACAAAAACCUAAAUCUAAGCGUAAGCCUAAAAAGGAGAGCAAAAUGAUCAACAUUGAAGAAUUUGUAUGCACGUAUGGCACUGGUAAUAAUAUUGCUAGUUCAGAGCCAAUUAAAGCUGCAGCAACAUUCCCUGUUACUACGAAUGCUUGGGCGCGCAAAAAAGGGUCAGAACUGUUUGCCAAAGCCAAAGAUGAUAAUGAGGAAGAAAAAAUGUUAAAAAUGGCAAUAGCUGAAAGUAUUAAAAGUGCCGAAGAACAUUCUCGAACCAAAGAUUCCUCAUGGAAAAAUGACCAAGAAAGUGCUAUUGGUACUGAUGACCUGAUGUUCCAAAAAAAACAUAAUUCCCAAAACAAAAAGAAUUCUAGGGGAUCUAAGGAAUCUAGAUCCAUAAAUUGUUGGAAUAACAGUUCAUUUGCUAAAGAAUCAGACGAUUAUGGUUUUUCAUCUGAACACAAUAAAACUAAUAAAAGUCCUAAAGUUGGGAUACUCUGGGAAGAUGAUUCAAAAAACAAUAGAUCCAAAGAGCGAAAAGAUAUUAAAAGCAAGUCAAAACAUAUUCAAAAAGACAAACCUAAAGAAAAUAAACCAUCACCUACUGACAGUCCACUUAAACCAGAAAAAAAACUUAGGCAAAGGGGUGACUGGAAGGAAACAUUCAUCAAAGAUAAUUAUCAACCAGAGAGAAAUGUGAGGUCAAAUGACAUUGAUGAUCAAAGACCUCAACCUCAAGCUCAUGAUUGGAGCGUUCUUACAUCUGGUUGGAACAAACCAGAAGAAAAAAAAGAUGAUAAAAAGCCGUCCAACAUGUGGAAUGGUGAUGCAAGUGUCAAUGUGUCCAAAAAUAAAUGGGAUUCUGCCAACUGGUCUUCAGAGCCCAUUAAAACCGAAUCUGUGGAUAUUUGGAGCAGUGAUCGCCCCAAAAGUAAUUCAGUUGUUUGGAAUGACCCAGUCGAAGCCAAAGAUGAUGGCAUUGAUGAAAAACUCAUUCAGUCCGAACGGAAAGAAAUUAAGCCUAACGUGUUUGGCUUUACUGAUUCUUGGGGACCAAUGAGUACUCAAAUUAAAGAACAACCUCCCAAACCUAUUGAAAGUCCUAAGUUUGUUGAAAAAAAACCACUGCCAGCUCCUGAUUUCAAUAGGUACCUUUUGGAAGCUCUUAGUCAGAGCUCGCCAUAUACUGUGCCACCACACACAGAACCCCAAAUAUCUCAGACAAAUACUGAUAGUCUGUAUUCCAAUUUGGAAUCUGUCCUUCCAAAAACCUCUAGUUCGGUGUUAGAAACGAACAAUUCGCCAGAGUUCCUUUCCAACUUACACUUUUUGGCCAACAUGACCCAAAUAUGUGAUAGGCUGGGUCUCAACAAUAAACAAUUACUUUCAGACUUACCAGUUGGUGCAACUAGUAGUGGUGUUGAACCCGAUUUACUUCAACAACCACCUACGUUGAAUCAAAUACAGCAAAAUCUGAACUGGAGCCAAAAGACUACCCAAAAAGUGUACCAACCGUUCCAGCCUGUGCUGCAACAGCAAUCAGACUUUAUGUUGCCUAACCAGUUACUGCAAUCUCAACAACAUCAGCAACAACAGCAACAACAACAGCAGCAGCAGCAGCAGCAACAACAACAACAACAACAGCAGCAGCAGACAUCUUUUAUGCCUGCUAAUUCAAACAACUUCAAUCUAACUGGUAACAGUGCGUUUCCAGCGUUAAACUUAGAUCUUAACCCUCAAUUCAAUAAUCUCAUAUACCCUAAUCCAUUAGUGCCACCACCUAAUGGUCUGUAUCCCUAUCAACAUCAAACUAACAUCGAAAGGUUAGCCAAUCUAUCGCUUGGGCAAGAUAAAAUGAAUUUUCCCAUGUAUAAUUUGGUCCAGGACAAACAAACACGACUAAAUGACUCGUCAUUUAAUUCUGUCCGAGAACCAAUGAAACAAUCUAAACCAGUGCAGCCGAAUGUGUUCAUGCCCAACACACUGCCCAACUCAUACAAUUUCAACAUCGAUCCAUCCCCUCCAUUGUUUCCUGCCAAUCUGUUUUAUGCACAGAUGCCUCAAGAUGUGAACUACGUGCAACCUAACCAGCAGCAGUUCCACAACUUUAAAGAGCAAAACAUGCAACACAUGUUUGGCAACCAGAAACUGGAGCAUCAGGUUCUCAGAGACAAGAUGUUGAAUGUGGGCAACCCAUAUUUAAAAGAUUAAUGAAUAUGUAGUCUUAUCACAAGACGUAAUAUUAAUACGUCAUCUAGUCAAUGGAAAUACUUAGGUUUUGAUACCUCGGUAGCAUUGAACCCCAAGUAUUGUGUAAGGUACAGUGUUUUAUUUUUGCUUCAAUUUUUUCCCACCAAUUUCUCCUAGUGUGUGAUUUUUUUUUUUUUUUGGCAAUAAAUACUUUCAACCCAUCUUGUUUCGAUAUUCGUAUCGAAUACUAAUUGGGUAUAAAAAGAAUAGUGCAAAUGUUUUUUCUUUUUAUUGUAAAUUUAUAUUUAUUAUUGAGUAACCAGUGUACAUUAUAACGAAUUAUUCGGUAAGGACUUUAGAACCAUUGUACGAAUAUUUUAUUCUCAUUAUUAUUAAUACAUUUUAAACGACACAUAGUUA